UCCUGAUUAUCUGCUGUGCUGCAAUCGAUAUCUUGUUAUCGUACUCUGCAAUCAGGUGAUGCCGCGCGCCCUUUCCCAUGUCUGCCUAAAAAGGACCGAGCAUUGAAGCCGGGAGUCUUUUUCCUUGUAAGCUGCUCAGCAGGUUGCGAGCGCUGUUCGUCGUACAAGCAUGUACGGUAAUGAAUAAAGAAGUUCGAACACGACAGUUUUGGCGACGAGUGUUGUGGACUACCCGAGCACAUGGCAACUCCGAAGUCAGAGCUCAGCCUAGGAAGUAACCUUACUGGACCAGUGUCACUGCCGUACGGAAUAUCGCCCUUGGACGUAUCAAACCCCGAGGCAUGGAGCAGCUACAAGGAACGGUUAUCCUUCUUCUACGAAGCCACGGGCGUAGCUGCACCGGAGAAGCAGCGCGCUAUCUUCAUGACGGUAUGUGGCGACAACGCAUACGUUCUUCUACGUUCACUAUUGCAACCUAAGCAAGUGUCGGAGGUGCCAUACAAGGAUAUUGUUAAAGUCCUUGAUGAAUACUUCAUGCCUAAGCCAUCUGAAAUUGUUAGGCGCGUGUUUUUCAUGCGCCGAACACAAAGACAGGAUGAGUCUAUAGCUACGUACGCUGCCGAACUUAAGAAGCUGAGUGAGUUUUGUAACUACUCAUUGCUGGAAGAAAUGCUGCGUGACAGAUUCGUAGCAGGCAUACGCGAAGAAACGAUACAGAGGCGUCUCUUUGAAGAGACAGACCUAACGUUCAAAAAAGCGUAUGAGCUAGCGCUGGCAGCAGAAGCUUCUCGAAAAAGUGUAAGCCUCGUCCGAACGCCGCUUCCGCAAGCCCAGGAAGUGUUAUCAGCAAAUCUUCACAAGAUAAAACUGUCAGCUGAAUCAAGGGCGUCCAAAGACUGUUGUUACCGAUGCGGAGGCGAACACGAUGGUUCUAGUUGUCGUUUCAAAACAUAUAAAUGUAACCUUUGUGGCAAGGUUGGUCAUCUUGCAAGAGCAUGUAGAUCCAGGAAGGGAGGGAAGAGUGCCUCACGAGCAAGGCCAGCCCAUGGCAAGGCACUUAGGAUUAGCAAUGCUGAGGAGUUUACGGUGGGAAUAAUUAACAGAACUCAAGCAAGCGAGGUUACCGAACCAAUUAUAAUGUCAGUGAACAUUAACGGAAAACCCCUCUCAAUGGAAAUUGACUCAGGGGCAGGACACUCUAUGAUAAGUGAGGCCACGCUCAGAAGGCUGUGGCCAGUACCCCCGAAACUUGUCCGCAAGAAUGUCGUGUUAAAAACAUGGUCCAAAGAGACUCUUCCGGUUCUGGGGGCAUUUCCCGUCGAAGUCCGGCAUGGCAAUGAUGUACACCACCUUGAAGUGUUGAUUGCGAAGGGAGACGGCCCAAGUCUGAUUGGACGAAAUUGGUUCAAGGCAUUGAACAUCUCUGUAGAUGUUGUGAACACAGUAGAGUCAAUGGAUCGUAAAUGGAUGCAAUAUCCGGUGUUCCAACGAGAAUUUGGGAGAUACACUGGGCCGAAGGUGACUUUAAACAUGCCGCCAAGCGCAAGCCCUAUCUACCUCAAGUCGAGACAGAUUCCGUUCGCCAUGCGCGAUAAGGUGGAUGAAGCGCUAGAAGUUAUGAUUGCGGAUGGUAUAUUGGAGCCGGUUACAUUUUCUAACUGGGCAACACCGAUAGUACCAGUCUUCAAGAAAGAUGGAUCCGUGAGAAUCUGCGGUGAUUAUAAAGCAACAGUGAACAGGGCUUUACUGCCGGAUCGAUACCCGCUACCCACUGCAGACGAAAUUUUUGGAAAUAUUGCGGGAGGAGAGUUCUUCUCAAAGCUAGAUUUGUACCAAGCCUACUUGCAGCUCGAGAUGGACGAUAAGUCAUCGGAUGUGCUCACUCUGAAUACACACCGAGGCCUGUACCGCGUAAAAAGACUACCAUAUGGUAUAUCUGCGGCUCCAGGAAUAUUUCAGAGAUUUAUGGAGAACCUGCUCUCGGGGAUAUCUGGGGUCGCUGCUUUAUUAGACGACAUAAUCAUCAGUGGUCAUACCGUGCAAGAACACGAUGAAAGAAUCUCAGAAGUUUUGACCCGGUUAAGCCAGGCAGGAUUAAAGUUAAACGAGAAAAAGUGUGUUUUCUUGACACGGGAAGUAACCUUCCUUGGGUUUUGCGUCGAUGCAAGAGGUAUCCGCCCAACACAAGAUAAGGUGGAUGCAAUCCGCUACGCGAGGAAGCCGUCAAAUGUGAGGGAGCUGCAAUCAUUUCUAGGAUUGUUAAACUUCUACGACCGGUUUCUGCCAAACAAAGCGACAGAACUGGAGUGCCUCUACCGCCUUCUUGACAAGAACGCCACGUGGAAAUGGGCAAAAGAACAUGAUGCAGCAUUCCACAGAGUGAAGCAGUUGCUGCGAUAUGAUCGCCUGCUCGUCCACUACGACGUGAAACGCCCACUUACACUCAGUGUGGAUGCGUCACCGUACGGAUUAGGUGCAAUGUUAUCACAUGUAAUGGAUAACGGGGAGGAUGCGCCGGUGUUUUUCGCUUCGCGAACGAUGACGACAAGUGAAAGAAACUACGCCCAAGUAGACCGUGAAGCUCUUGCGAUUAUCUUUGGGAUAACCAAAUUCCGACAGUUUGUUACAGGCAGAAGGGUGACUAUUUACACAGACCACAAGCCUCUCGUGGGACUGUUCAACCCGGCGAAGCCUACACCUACGAUGAUUUCACCACGGAUGCUAAGAUGGAGCCUACAACUAGGAGCUUUGGAUUACCAGAUCAUCUACAGGCCCGGAAAAGAGAUGCUGUGCGCCGACGCUCUCAGUCGCCUUCCCGUUGAAGAUGACAUUGAGGACAACCUUGUGGACGACAGCGUGCAAGUCCUUAUGGUGGAGGCUAUGCAAGACACGUCUUUGACUGCUUUGACUGCCCAGAAGAUUGCGGAUGAGACCAGCAAAGACAGAGUGCUGAGAAGAGUUACGCGUUGGGUUCUACAGGGAUGGUCAAAAGAGGCACAAGAGACUCCUGAUUUUUUCAAGGUACGAAACGAACUUUCUAUCCUCAGAGGAUGUCUGUUACGAGGUGACCGCGUUGUGAUCCCAGAGAGCUGCAGACAGCAGGUCCUUCAGUUGUUACACGCAGGUCAUCAAGGAGUAGUGCGCACCAAGGCCCUGGCAAGAAGCUACGUUUGGUGGCCGGGGUUAGACCGGAAUAUUGAACAGGUCGUGGGCGAAUGUAGGGCAUGUCAAGCCACAAGAAAUGCACCGUCACGUUGUGUGCAUCCAUGGCCGCUGCCGAAUAACCCGUGGGAAAGACUGCAUGCAGACUUCGCAGGACCUUUCAAUGGGAACACAUUUCUUAUUGUAGUGGACUCAUUUUCAAAAUGGCCAGAAGUGGUUCCGGUGUCGUCCAUGACUGUGGCAUCUACGUGUCGGCACCUGAGAACCAUGUUCGCAACUCACGGCAUACCGCACACGUUGGUGACUGAUAAUGCGCCAACGUUCACUUCAGCAGAGUUUGAGGCUUUCCUCAGGAACAAUGGAGUACAGCACAUCUUAUCUCCAGCUUAUCACCCUGCAAGCAAUGGGCAAGCGGAGCGAACAGUGCAAACGGUAAAGCAAGAACUCCGCAAACGUCAGUCUGGCGACCUUUCUACACGACUGGCACGUAUUUUAUUAACCUUGCGGACCACUCCAAGUUCAACUACUGGCCGGUCCCCAGCAGAAUUGUUGAUGCGUCGCAAGUUACGAACGAUAUUAGACUUAGUGUACCCGAGUCGUACUGAGCAUGACCCUGUUGUCCCAGCUCGUUCUUUUGCAGUUGGAGAGCUUGUCCAGGUUCGUCAACCACCAGGUCAGAAACCAGUAUGGCAGCCGGGUCGAGUCAUCUCGAGGGUAGGACGUUGGAUCUACCUCGUCGAGGACGCUAGGGGUUUUCAACGCCGUUGCCACGUGAACCAACUGCGGCGGGAUUCCACAUGUCUGGCGGACACUAUGCAACACGACGACGACUACUGGAAGUUCAACGCGUCGUCGGAGACGUCAAGUCCGCAUAGCUCAUACGAAGCUGUGGUCUCCACGCAAUCAGAUACAGCAGAGGCGUUUGAAACGGAAGACCCAUGUCCGGAACGCAACUCCGAUUACCAAGAAGCAGUGCCGGUCCUUCCUCGAAGAUCAACUCGUCCAAGAACAAGACCCCUGCGCUAUGGUGUUUUGGACACUUAAAGUAUUCACGGGAAAUAUAUUGUUGUAACUAUGGGUGAAGGAAUGUUAUGUCCUGAUUAUCUGCUGUGCUGCAAUCGAUAUCUUGUUAUCGUACUCUGCAAUCAGGUGAUGCCGCGCGCCCUUUCCCAUGUCUGCCUAAAAAGGACCGAGCAUUGAAGCCGGGAGUCUUUUUCCUUGUAAGCUGCUCAGCAGGUUGCGAGCGCUGUUCGUCGUACAAGCAUGUACGGUAAUGAAUAAAGAAGUUCGAACACGA